UCUUAAACUCCUGGCCUCUAAACCUGCCUUGGUCUCCCAAAGUGCUGUGAUUAUAAGUGCAAACUAUCUCAUCCAAUCUCACAUUCUUUAUUUUAUAUUUGAGAAAACUGAGACCCACAUAAGCUGGAUUGGUUGCACCUCCAACAGAUAUUUACUGAGCACCUACUAACUGUUGAACCCAUUGCAAACACCACAGAAUCCUCUGUGAACAGCACAGAGCCCCUGCUCUGGAGAUUCUGCUUCAGUGGUAGAGACAGGAAAUAAACAAGUAGCUUCAUGAAUAAACAAGACACUUUCAGAUCUGACAGGAGGGGGCCUGGGCUGGAGUAGCUGUCAACAGAGCAUUCCAGGCAGAAGUGUGCAAUGUGCUGAAGUGGGCAUGAGCUUGGCUGCGGGAGGAACAGAGAGAAAGUCACUGUGGCUGGGCAGGGAGUUUCCCGUCACCAAUUUUCCUUGGAAUUGGACAGAUGGCAGCCACCAUAAUGAUACUAUAUGUGUCCAAGCUAAAUAAAAUAAUUCACUUCCCUGAUUUUGAUAAGAAAAUUCCUGUAAAGCUAUUUCCUCUGCCUCUCCUCUACGUUGGGAACCACAUAAGUGGAUUAUCAAGCACAAGUAAAUUAAGCCUGCCGAUGUUCACCGUGCUCCGGAAAUUCACCAUUCCACUUACCCUACUUCUGGAAACCAUCAUACUCGGGAAGCAGUAUUCACUGAACAUCAUCGUCAGCGUCUCUGCCAUCGUCCUUGGGGCUUUCAUAGCAGCUGGGUCUGACCUUGCUUUUAACUUAGAAGGCUAUAUUUUUGUAUUCCUGAAUGAUAUCUUCACAGCAGCAAACGGAGUUUAUACCAAACAGAAAAUGGACCCAAAGGAGCUAGGGAAAUACGGAGUGCUUUUCUACAAUGCCUGCUUCAUGAUCAUCCCAACUCUUAUUAUUAGUGUCUCCACGGGAGACCUGCGACAGGCUACUGAAUUCAACCAAUGGAAGAAUGCUCUGUUUAUCCUGCAGUUUCUCCUUUCCUGCUUUUUGGGGUUUCUACUGAUGUACUCCACGGUUCUGUGCAGCUAUUACAAUUCGGCCCUGACGACAGCAGUGGUUGGAGCUAUCAAGAAUGUAUCUGUUGCCUACAUCGGGAUGUUGAUCGGUGGAGACUACAUUUUCUCUCUGUUAAACUUUGUAGGGUUAAAUAUUUGCAUGGCAGGGGGCUUGAGAUACUCCUUUUUAACGCUGAGCAGCCAGUUAAAACCUAAACCUGUGGAUGAAGAAAACAUCGGUUUGGAUUUGAAGAACUAGAGUCUGCAGCGGGGUGUAGACGGACUUGUGACUGGGGUCUGGGGGUUAUUCCCACUAGGAAUGUGAAGCCAGAGGUUUCAGAUUCGGGACAUCCUCCCCCGGGGCAAGCGAGAAUAUCUGCAAAAAUGCAAAGAACUACCUCAUACGCCCGCACCAUGAGCCACUGGCAGCCCUGAAAAUGUACUUGGGCCGCACCUUACUAGUGGAAAGCAAAGCUUUUCAAAAGAAGCCGCUGGGACUCGGUGGGUGGAGCCUCAGGUGCUCUUCUAGGGACCGAUGGCGCCUUUGUGGCAUCUCCGUGCCAUGUGCUGGGGAGGAGGUCGAUGUGAUGGUGACUGUUUUCUGAUUAGCACCUUGGCCUGAUUUGCAAGGUCCCAGCCACAACAAAGGGCCAAUUGUUUAGUUUAAACAGACACGUCUUUAUUUUAAUAAAAUUAGUCAGUUGACUGCCAGUAAAGUUAUUUGCUAGCUUCGAUGAAAGCUAUGUUGGUAUCUCUUCCUAAUCAUCAAAGUAAAAUAAAAAAUUAUUUCUGGGUAUGU